GAGAGAGAUAGGGAGGGAAAGAAAGAGAGUGUGUCUGAAUGGGUACGUGUUAUUGUUUGGGUGUCUCAGCCAAAGUCUCGUUCGUUUCCCAGGCCCCGGUGGUCGCGAUCGUCGGUGGUUUUGUUUGUGGGUUGGGCCAGCAGAUGCAAAGGGGAAGAAGUUGCAAAGUAACAGACGGUCGAGACAAGGCGAUUGGAAACCCAGACGUAUCCUCGGACUUUAGCAGAGCAAGAGGUGGAGGGGGACAAGAGUCAAAAGGUAGGCGGCCAUCGGGGCACAGGGCGGUAGGUGGUUCGGGAAGGGGAAGUGAGGUUGCUGCGCUUCAGGGCUGGCAUUUAAAUUACGGGCACCCCCAUAAUCAUAUUCACAAUUCGAGGGACUGGAUCGAUCAGGAGGAGAAGGAUGAGGGAAUACCUAGCUGCACGCCACGCGCACGAGAGGCCACUCUAUUUGCCCGCUCCGAGGCUCGAUCCCGUCUUUUCCCUUUCCCCUUCCCCUUCCCCUUCCCCUCCCCUCGCCUUUCGCCUCCUUCCCCUUCCCCCUCUUCAUAGGGCGGCGGCGUCUUGUUCAGUUCGACUGGUGGUGGUGAUGUGAACCUUGGACCGUCGAUGAGGGGUGGGUGGGUGUGUGCUAGCAAUUCAGGGGUUCCCAUGGAUGGAUGCACAUGCUCGUGCUGCCACGGCGUAGUGCCUACCUACACUAGGUAGAUUUACUUGGUGUUGGACAGUUUACUUUAUGUAAACUAUGUAAUCACGCUAGCUAGCAAACCGUCCCGCCGCCAGCUCAAUGCUGCGAAAGUGUACAGGGUACCGUACUUCGUACCGAGCG